AUGGCCAAUUUAGGUUCACGUCAAAGAAUGGCAGGAAAACAUAUCAACUACCAGUUGCCAAAUCUCAGAGCAAGCAAAACUUCAUUGAAGGAAAGUGAUCCUCGGAACAAGCACAGGAAACUCUACACUCAACUGGUGUCAGCUCAGCUCAAGAUACAAGACAUCAAAUCACAGAGAUCAGCGCUUCUUUUAGAAAUCAGCAAAAUCAAGCAGAUUCUAGAGCAAGAGAAAAACAUAAUUGCUGGCUUUCCUGCUGCACUACAGCAGAUGGAUAUGAAGUCCUUGGAGGAGGAAUACAAAGCGCUGCAAGGUGAUAAAUCUGGGGAAGUUGAGUACUUCCAGACUCUUGAUGAAACAAUUAAUGGGAUGAAGGGAAUUUCGGAUCCUGUCAAAUGCCGUUGCGGACUGGAGUACAAUGUAAAACUUGUUGGCGAAGCCGUGGAUAUAAGCUAA